AUGGUUAAGACCACCAAAAAGCUCAGCACUAGCGAUCCUGCUAUCCAGAACAAGCCGAAGCUGUCGCUGUGGAAUUUUUGGGUCAGUGCAACGCUUCUGAAGCUACUAUUGAUCCCCGGCUAUUACAGUACAGAUUUUGACGUUCAUCGCAACUGGCUGGCACUCACGAACAAGCUGCCCAUCAAACAGUGGUACUUCGAAGACACAAGUCCAUGGACGCUAGAUUAUCCGCCGUUUUUCGCUCAUUUUGAGUGGUUUUUGUCGCAAUUCGUCCCUCGUUGGGUCCAGCAGGACGGGUGUCUUGACAUCGUGGAGACUGGCAACUUUGGACUCCCAACUGUAAUGUUCCAGCGCAUUACGGUCAUUGUUAGUGAACUACUGUUGUUUGUAGCUCUUCAGAUCUACAUCAACAAAAGUUCGCUGAGCGAACGCUCGGCAAAUUUUGUCGUGGCCAGUAGCAUUGUACUUUCCCCUGGGUUUCUCAUCAUCGACCAUAUCCAUUUCCAGUAUAACGGGUUUCUGUUUUCAAUUCUCAUUGCGGCGAUUCUCGCCGCUAAACACCAACGCUACUUGUUGUGUGGGUUUUUCUUCGCUACUGCCCUGUGCUUCAAACACAUCUUCCUGUACCUUGCGCCGAGUUUCUUCGCGUUUUUACUGCGCGUGUACGUUUUGGACUUCUCAAACUUUAAGUUUAAGAGCUACUACGACUUGAUUUCCAUUGUUCAAUGGAAAAACCUGUUUAAGCUGGCAGGCGUGGUACUCGCGGUUUUUGGUGUUUGCUUCGCUCCGCUCAUCUCCCAGUGGUCACAACUGCUCACAAGACUUUUUCCUUUCUCCAGAGGGCUCACCCAUGCCUACUGGGCGCCCAAUUUUUGGGCACUGUACUCUUUGCUCGACAAGGUUUUGACGUUGAUCAUUUUGAAGGUGCCCUACAUACAUAAGUGUCUGACCCAGAUCAUUGCACCUCCUCUGAUCCCAGCAACUAUCCAAGAGAUUAAAUGGAAACUACAGCAGUACAACGUUGGAACAAAAGGCCUGGUCCAAGACGUGUACUUUGUGAUUUUACCCCAGAUUCAGCCUAAAUUGACAUUUCUUCUCACUUUGUUCUACCAAGUCCUGGCUAUUAUACCCGUGCUGUUUAGUCCAUCGUUCAAGCGGUUCAUAGGAUCUUUGACCUUGUGUGGGUUUGCAUCUUUCCUAUUCGGCUGGCACGUUCAUGAAAAGGCCAUUAUGUUAGUGAUCAUACCUUUCUCAUUCCUGGUGACGUCCGAUAGAAGACUUUUGACACCCUUCCGCUUAGUCGUAUCUGCUGGCUACGUUUCAUUGUUUCCGCUACUACAUGAAUCAUCAGACUUUCUACUCAAGCUGCUCUACACGUUAGUUUGGAGUAUCAUUUAUUUCCUAGCACUAAGACAGGUCACGAAAAUGUCCUCGAGCGUUCAACGACGGGUAUUCUUCUUUGAUCGAUUCGCUCUAUUUUACAUUAUAAUGCUGGUGCCUAUGGUGAUUGCCGUCCAGUUGUUAGACGGGCUCAAAUGGAGGUACAGCAUCCUUCAAAAAUUCGAGUUUGCCGGAUUGAUGAUCUACAGUAUUUACUGCUCAAUUGGCAUUCUGAGCUCCUGGGUAGGCCUAUCGUGGCUCUACAAUUUCGACGAGCCGCUCUGGAUGUGA